AAUGUUUUCAAAUUAUUUCAGAGCUGUAUUGCCAUGCACAAUUAAUAAUAAGAAGCACUGCGGUAAUAGGUUUUCGAUCAUGGAUUUCAAUUUUUUCAAAUGAGUUGUAACUGUUGUAUUGGAUUGAGUCGACUGACAGACGAGACGGAAGGUGGGUGGUGGAAGGGGGUCGACAACAUUGACAACAAUCUCAGAUCAUCGGAGUAUCCAAAACUCCCGAUGUAAUUUCUAACUUUUUCCUUUAAGUCCUCUAAUCCGUGCUAUUUGUGAUUCUGAUUUUGUAAUUACUUAAGACGCUCUGUUAAAGCUUUAGGUGUCGUAUGUUAGCCAAUGGUGGGCACCUAAUGUUGUUCUGUGUGUAUGUUGUGGUGUCAAGAAUGUGUCAAAGAUUCUAGAAAUCAGUAACCUCUCCCGGUAACAAAAUUAUUAAAAGAAAUUGAAUGAUGGUCUGGAUACAUUCCACUCUGAGAAAGACGUAGUGGUUUUCUGUAUAAUCUUUCCCUGGUUCAUGAUACUAGAUACAGUUUUUACUUUAUCAAUCAAAGUUUUACCCUGUCAAAAUUAAUUUUGGCAGCAUUCCAUCUCUGUAAGAUAUUCUCAUGCAGUUUGUUGAGCCCCAACUCUUGAGAAAUGGCAGGGUUUGGUCGACUUUUAGCAUGGUGGAGGAUACUUUUAGUUUUCUUAAUAGUCUGGCUUGUAGUCCUGCUAUUAUCUGGUGUGCGUUCCCCCAAUACGUCACCGAGUCCAGAACUUGUAGACCGAAUGCAGAAAGCAUUCAAAGAUUUACAAGCCCUAAAGCAUCAAAAUGCAAAAUUAAGAAGCCUUGUAUUAGGCGCUCAAGGCUCACUUUUCGGAGAUGAUCAGGCUGGCAACUUAUUGAGGCCUGAGGAUGAUAUAGAUCCAAGCAAUGGAGCUUUACCUCGUGGACAUGAUGAGCCAAGUUCUGGAUAUGAAGUUGCCCUGCGGAAAUUGUACAGGGGAAUUACUGAAUUGGGCUAUUAUACAAAUGCAGAAGUUAAACAUGCCCUGAAGCAAUCCAAAGACAGCUCAGCAACCCUUGCAGACAGACUUUCAUCCUUGCAAAGUGGUAUUCUUGAACACAAACAAUCUCUAUUUAAAUAUCUAUCCCAAAUAAGAGAUGAGGAUGGGUAUGAUCAGUGGCGCGAACAAGAGUCACAAGAUUUAAGUGACCUUGUACAGCGCCGCAUUCAAUUCCUCCAGAAUCCUAAAGACUGUAAACGAGCUAAGAAACUCAUCUGUAAUCUCAAUAAGGGCUGUGGAUUUGGGUGUCAGCUACAUCAUGCUGUCUACUGCUUCUUAGUUGCAUAUGGAACCCAAAGAACUCUCAUUCUGAGAUCUAAAGGGUGGAGGUAUCACAAAGGAGGUUGGGAGGAAAUAUUUAAACCAGUCAGUGAUACAUGCUUAUCUUCUGAAGGAGAUUCCCUUGCAAACUGGCCAGGAAAGCCAGAUACUCAAGUAUUAACACUUCCUAUCAUUGACUCUCUACUACCACCUCGUUCACAAUAUCUACCUCCUGCCGUACCAGCAGAUCUUGCCCCUCGUUUAGCUCGUAUACAUGGCCAGCCUAUUACUUGGUGGGUUGGUCAAUUCCUGAAAUACCUACUGCGACCACAACCAGUUAUAAGUGAGCUUCUGCUAAACACUCAAAACAAGUUGGGCUUCAAGGGGCCUAUUGUGGGGAUUCACAUUCGACGUACUGAUAAAGUUGGGACCGAGGCAGCUUUUCACCCUCUUGAUGAAUAUAUGCCAGCUGUGGCAGAGUGGUUUGACCAACAAAUAUCAAACGGCAAAAUUAUUGAUAAGAGACGUAUCUUCCUUGCUUCUGAUGACCCUAAAGUAAUUGCAGAGGCACGUAGCAAGUAUCCAGAUUAUGAAAUUCUUGGUGAUCCAGAUAUUGCUAAGACAGCUGCCAUUGGGUCUAGAUAUUCGGACAGGUCACUGUAUGGGAUUAUUGUAGAUAUACAUUUCUUGUCACGGUGUGACUUUUUGGUGUGCACAUUUUCAUCUCAGGUUUGCAGAGUUGCAUAUGAAAUCAUGCAGAGCCUUCAUGUUGAUGCUUCAGCAAGCUAUCGAUCACUUGAUGACAUUUAUUACUAUGGAGGGCAAAAUGCUCACAGCUGGAGGGCAGCACAGUCACAUUUUGCUCAAAAACCAGAGGAAAUUGAUCUUAAAAUUGGAGAUCCUGUGUCAGUUGCUGGCAAUCACUGGGAUGGUUUUUCUAGGGGGAGAAAUCUCCGAACAAAUUUGCAAGGUCUUUUCCCCUCAUUCAAGGUUGAGGACAGAGUUGAAGCUGUAAAAUUUCCAACAUACCCUGAAGUUCCCUUGAAGAUUACUCAAGAUGCUCCAUCUGUUGUGGAAACAUAAAUCUUCUAGCUGGGAUUAGUUGUAUAGCCAUGUGUGCCUUCCUGCCACCGGCUGGUCCGGUUAACUUUGUUUCAUUCUUAGGCAGCGUUAUUGUGACUCUAAUGGUAUGGAAUGAAAUGGAUUAUAUUCCUUCAUGUGUUUCAUUUAUUGGCUGGACAUUAUGUUAAUUAUUCCAUUUGUACAUUUUUUUUGAAAUGUGUUUAUUUUGAUGAUUUUUUUCCCCAUUAUUAUAGUUACGAUGAAUUCUAGUUGCAGGCAUACAGUGGUUGUGUUAAAGAUUCACUGGUCUAAAUAAUAUUACCAAGUAGUUAUUGUAUCCAAAAGUAAGGUGCAUCCGACAUGGUUAGGAAUUGUUUGACUUUGUUUUUAAUUUAUUUGACUGUUCUCAAAAUCUCCUAUACUCAAAAGUACUUUGAAAUGGUAUGCAAUCAUUGAUUCAUUAGCUUUAUGAUCUCGUCUUCCGUUUCACAAUUUAUUAAUUAACAUCCAACUUUUUCUUUUCUUCUGAGGAAACUCAGAGAUUAGAAGGCAGCACAUAGAAUUGUUGUCCAAGGCUAUCUUUUGUGAAAGCCUGAGAACACACUUAUUCCCCUUGUUCUUUUGACUUUACAUGAUCUUAAUUUUUGUGACACUUUUGUUUAGUUUUGAAACUUUAUCAUGUUUGUUUAUUGCACGGUGAAGGGCACAUCUGUGAACAAAGUUUGUCUGUAAUACAUUUGGUUGGAAAUUUCUGUUUAUCAGAAGGUUUUUCAAAUCCAAAAUAUGAAAUUAAUGAUCUUAAACAUCAGGCAACUGGAAAAGAACACAUGUUUCCGUUUAUGUAAAUAAAUAGGUAUGUAUGUAUGUUGUAUGUAUGUAAGUAUGUAUGUAUGUAUGUAUGUAUGUAAGUGUAUGUAUGUAAGUAAGUAAGUAAGUAUGUAUAAGUCUGCGUGUGUGUACAUUCUGUAUGUACCUAUGUAAAUUUAGAAGCCAAUAUUUGAUCAAAUAUUGUCAAAUAAUGCAUAUUGAAGAAGUGGACAUGUAUAUCACAUCUAAGACUGUACUUGGUCUAUCUUAAUUAAAUGUAUCUAGUAAUCAACGUAUUACAAUUGAAACAUGCAUGAUUGAGGUAGAUAAUAUUUUAUACAUAUUGCUCAUUCUAACUUUUGAGAUUUUAUGUUGGUGUCAUUUAAAUACUUGGAGGAGAUUUCCAUAUCUGAAUUGUGGCUGGUAAUGGUGUACUUGAGUAUGCUGAUAGAUUAAAAAGUAGGAAGAAAAUGUUUGGGAAACAAUUGGUAUUAAAAUUAAAUCCAUUGUGAACUCUAAUCUUCCUUAUUAUGUAGAUUGGAUUUGCAUUGAGCUAUCUACAUCAAUGAUUGUAUAUAGUACAAAAGGGACCAGAUCUCUGAGCCAGAAAUGUAUUUGAUGUUUUGUGCUAGAAUGUCAUCCCAUCAAUUCUGCUGGUUGAACUUACUUUUUAAUACAUCAUCUUAUUUUACUCUACAUUCUACGGUAAUUUAAUUUAAAGGUUCAUGUCAAGAUUGAUAUUAUUUUUUGUGGAGUGUUUGCUACAGUUUUUUACACAUGACAAAUAUGAACAACCUCACAAACACCUACACAACACACAUUAUAUGCACUAUUUGUUUUGUUUGUAAGUGUUAUUUUUAUUUUGAGUUUUUAUUUUUGAACGUUUUAAUUUUACUUGUGCUGUCUAAAUGAUCUGAAUGUGUAUCUAUCACCUUUUGCCAAAGUAUUUCUUUCGCCUGAUGGAACAGGUAUCCUUCACUCGCAAUCAAAUUGACCAUGUUUAUUACAAAGGAGACUAAACUUACUACAAACCUGUCAGAUUUGUGAAAUCAAAGAGCGCAAGAAUCAAAUGUUAAAUUUCAUGCGAAACGUCUAUUGUUUUUUUUCUCUCUUUUAAUGAUUUAGUGCAGUCAGAGCAAAUAGUUCUCUAAGAUUUCAAGGUAUGAUUUAUUUUUCAUUUUAUUAUUUCACCUUGAACAACUGGCAUUUCUUUUAGACAGUUGUUUGGUGGUGUUCGUUCAUCUAAUUGAAUUUGUGUUGUGCAUGAAUGGAAUUUUCAAUUUUGUUUAUUUGUUCUUCAACUUCAUCUCAUUAAAUAAAGACAGUUUUAGAGAAUAAUGUGGUAGCAUCAGCAGUCACAUGGAGAGUUCUUGAAGUUGCAAUCGAAAUGGACGAACAUCUAGAGUGGCCCCCUCUUUUUUUUUUCAACUCAGUGCCAAGAGAAUUCUUUUGAUGAGUAGGCUGUAAAUUGUAUCUGAAUUUUACCCCUACUACCGCACAAUUUGUUGAUGCCAACAGAAAAUCCUCCCUUGUGAACUUCAAUUGGUGUAAGACAUCUACUUUGCUGUGAUAUUUUUGAGGCAAUGUAUAUUGAUUUGUUUUAGUGCAUCAUAAGAGACAAAGUAUAUGCAUUACUAUUCCUUGAUAUGGUUUGUAAAGGAGCUCAUUGAAUAAAACUUACGAAAACCUUUGAGA